ACAAAACUGAAGAGUGUGGAACUAAACUCACAUCAACAUUCUACACUGACGAUCAUAUUGAUGAAUAUUUGAUCAAAAUAUCAGGAUGUUUCAGGCCUCCAUCAUCCUGCUGUGCUGUUUACUGAGUGCAGCUGGAGAUGAGAUGGUCACACUGCAGGAAGUGGAAGGAACCACUAUAACGCUCCAUAGUGGGAUUACUGGAAUUCAGAGUGAUGCUCAUAUAGUUUGGUUUUAUGGACCUGAGAAAGCAGAAGACAUUAUAUUGAACAGUCAGAUGUUUAAAGGAGAAACUGUUACAGAAAUCAGUGAGAGAUUUAAAGAGAGACUGCAGCUGAACAGAAGCAGUGGAGCUUUAACCAUCAGGAACAUCAACAGGAACCAUUCUGGAGUUUAUUUAUUACAAGUCAUCACUGGACGUCUCUCAUCUAGGACUUUCAGAGUAAGUGUUUAUGCUCCAGUAUCAACUCCAGUAAUAAAUCUAAGAGGAAAAAGAAGUGGGUUCUCCACAGAGUCGUGUUCCCUCUUGUGCUCUGUGGAGAAUGGAGAAGAUGUGAAAUUAUCCUGGUACAGAGAGAAUGAGAGAAUCUCCAUCACCAAUAACACAGAUCUCAGUGUUCCCCUCAAUCUCCCACUUCAAAUACAACACCAUGAGAAGAACACGUAUAUCUGUGUGUCUGCAAACCCUGUCAGCAAUAAAACUACUUCUCUCAGCAUCACACAGCUCUGUGUUCACAACUCAGGUACAUCAGAGCAUUUAAAUAUUCAUGCUGGAGUGAUCUGAUUGGUCAAUAAAUAU